UCCGGGAAGCGCCGAGGGAAUCGGGCCGGGCAGGCAGGCAGGAAGGAGGAUGGCGGGCCGGGGCCGGGCGCUGCUGGUGCCCGCCGCGCUGCUCGUCCUGGCACAGCUCUCCUGGGCGCCGGACCCGUAUGGAGAAGAGUGCAGGAGUAAAAUGUACCCUCCUUCUGGACCAACGUUCAAAGGGAAUAUACCCACAUAUGUCAUAAAUCUCGAUUUGCCUCCCAGCAGAAGAUGGGAUAACUUGAUGCAGGACAAAAAGACAGAGCUGAAGACUGUGGUCCAGAAUAUUAAAGAUAUAGCAAAUACCUUCUUCCCCAGCGGCAAAGUUGUUGACAUAGUGGAUAACAAAAUAGCUCAUCUGACCGCCACACUUCCUUAUCCUUUCAAUGAAGAACUCCAGGGGAUUGCAAAUUCAUCUGGGAUUCCUUUGGGGGAAAUCGUUAUUUUUAACAUCUUUUAUGAAAUUUUUACUGUAUGUACAUCAAUAGUGGCAGAAGAUAACACAGGAAAACUGUACCAUGCCAGAAACUUGGAUUUUGGACUCUUUCUAGGGUGGGAUGUUAAAAAUAACUCCUGGACUUUAACUCGGGAACUGAAGCCUUUAGUGGUACUCCUGGACUUCCAGAGAAACAACAAAACAGUAUUCAAGUCUACAAAUUUUGCAGGAUACAUAGGCAUGGUGUCUGGAGUCAAACCAAACUUGUUCACACUGACAAUGAAUGAGCGUUUCAGUCUUGAUGGUGGUUAUGUGGGAAUCUUCGAAUGGUUUCUUGGUAGAAGAGACGGUAUGUGGAUGGGCUUUCUUACCAGAACAGUAUUAGAGAAUGCUACAAGUUACCAGGAUGCAAAAGACAAACUGGCCAAAACAAGACUGCUGGCUCCAGCUUACUUUAUACUUGGUGGAAAAAAUUCUGGAGAAGGAUGUGUGAUAACUCGUUCCAGGACAGCUGCUCUAGAUAUCUGGGACCUUGAUAUCAAGAAAGGCACGUGGUAUGUGUUGGAAACAAACUACGAUCGCUGGAAGCCUCCACUAGUGUUGGAUAAUCGUAGAGGACCUGCAAUGAAAUGCCUGAACCAGACAACACAAGAGAACCUCUCCUUACCAGCAAUUUAUGAUGUUCUCUCCACAAAGCCUGUCCUCAAUAAGCUGACUGUGUGCACAACGCUGAUGGAGGUGUAUAAUGGUCAUACAGAGACUUACCUGCGGGAAUGCCCAGAUCCCUGUAGUCCCUGGUAGUCCUGUACCUUUCCUAUGUUGGAAGCUGCUUGCCUGAAUAUUUCUGGAAAGAGAUUCAUCCGUCUAACUCCAUUCUUCAGAAAUCUAAUGGCUAUAUAGAAAUGUCAAUGAGCUUCUAACGAUGAAGGACCCCUUUUCACAGCAGACUUUCUUGCUUUCUAACAGCAGUACUGCUGACAAGAAAUGUAUCCUACUGAGUGUGUGGUGUGAUUUCAGCCGUUUCUGCCAAAAGAGUUCAGCAGUUAACUCUAGAUCUCUUCAGUCUUGACAGUAUUCUUGUUUUGUUGUUGGUUGCGGGUUUGUUAGUUUUUGUUGUUUGGUUUGGUUUAUUUAGAUUAAAAUACUUCUAAAGCACACAAGUUAAAAUGGCACCUACCAAGCAUGAAAAAGAAUUGGGUGCAAGAAGACCAUCUGGGACAAUACCGUUCUGUUAUUCUUUUGUAAGCACUUAAGAUGAAUUGUAUCUGGUCUAAUAGGAGGAUAUGUCUGAUAUGCCCUGUUAUAAAAUAACCUAGGAAGUGUGAUAUUUAGUCACAGAAACAAGGUCUUGGGGAAAUAUCUAAAAUAAGAUCUGAGCCAAAAAUGUCUUGCCACUGAUUUAAAGCUCUUUUGCUGAAGCUCUUUUUUGGCCUGUUAACAAAUUUAUUACUUUUAAUACAAAUUUUUCUGUUCUCAAAAAAAAUAAAUACUAAUACAAUAAAGAAGAAAUACUUUCUUUGAUCAAAGUACACAUGCACUGAUUUCAUACUUCAUUGUAAGUCACCACACAUGUUACAUAUCAUGUGGCAUAAAGGGCUUUCAAUAUAUAAAUAUACUGAUUUUAAGAGUGUCUAAAAAACUGAUUUGUUCCUUAAAUUGAUAGUUAAAGUUAUUACUAUAAUAGGGUUAUUGGGUUGCUUUGGAAGGAUUUCGCUUGGUUGGUUUUUUUUGGAAAGUGGGGAAGGGAAGCCAGGUCAGAUUGUACCACUGGCCAGAAUUCAAAUUAAGAAAGUAAAGGUCAUUCGGAAAUAGAAGUAGUAGCACCUUAAUGCCCUAGGAAGCAGAUAAGGAAGCAGUAUUUUCAUCUGUGUCACUGGCUGCAUUGCUGGCACUAGUUUCCAGUGCCAGCUCUUGUGUUUUAUAACACACAAAGAAAAGACACUGGAGAGUAAGUUUUGGGGCUGGUAUAUAUAUCUGGUGGUUCCCUUGUAACUGCCCUAGGAAAGAGCUGCUAUUCAUAGUCACACUGAUCCAGGAAUUUUAAGUUGCCAUUGGUGUAAGGAAAGUGUUAGCUCUGUCUUUGGUGUCUGCAGACAGUAUUGCAUAAGGCACUCCAAUUAAAACCUGCAAGUUCAUGGCAUCCAGUCACAAUGGGAUAUGCAGAACAGAAUUAGUGUGGUGCAGAAGCUGAGAACACAGGAUACUACAGCUUCAUGUUCCAAACUCUAAAGGGUAUUAAAACAUUUUUCUCCCCAUACUUACAAAUUUAAGAAACCUACAGAAGGGAAAACGAGUGAUUGUCCAUAAUAAUCUCCCCAGGGAAAUAUGGAUUCCCUAACAUUGG